AACCUUACCUUAAAUAAAAUACAGUUUUAGAUCAUUAAAUGGGGGGUCACAAGACAUCUGGACUACCCUGUAAGUGUGGAUGCAGAGGACUUAAGUUACUUUCUUCGUAAUUUCCUGGAAUGGCUGCUCUCUGGGAGAGUUUCGUAUUGGUAAUUUCUUCACCUUGGGAAAUGGUGCCAAUAGCACAAUUUAAUUAAAACCAAUUGGAAACAAUUAUGACAAAUAUAUACAGUACCAUAAUUUAUUUUUGUAAAAAAGAGCGAAACGAAAUACACUUCUGAGAAUAGGUUUCACCCCUUGAUGGCAAUACAACAGGUGUUAAGAUGUUUAAACACCAAAUAGAAACCUUUUUCAAGGAAUCAAGUCUGCAUUAACCACACGUACUUGUGGUAAAACAUGGAAACAAAGUUCUCUGAUAUAUUGAUUGCCUCUGAAACUGAUUGGCCUACACCAGAGGCAGCCUUCUUUAUGGCCUUAUCUCACCAGUGUCACACCAGAGAACGCCAAAAGGCGAAUAGUUAACGCGUGUUCACGUGUGCCACGUGGGCGCGGUGAGAUUGAGAAAUGAUGUGGGCCAAAUUGCGUUUCAUGAGUCACAUCCGGGCUGUUUGACAUGACACAAUUGCGUUCAGGUUCUGGGGCUCACUCGGGCCUGAUUCGUUGGGGCUCAGAAGUGCCGUGGCCAGCAGCUGUGAAGUCGAGUGGCCCCGUCUCUCUCGGUCGCAAGGCGGCACAAUCAAAGGGUAAAGUCAAGUUUUGUACAGGCUGUGUUCGACACCUCGAUGUGAAGAUGUCCAGCAAGACGCUUGACAAGGCGAUGCGCAGCAAGCUCAUUGAGGAGGGCCUCCGGUUCCUCCAAUCCCCGCAGCCUUUUGACGGCUCGGACAGUGAAUAUGAGGGGUUCCUGCGCAAGCUCGUGUCGUGCCUGUGGGCGGACGGGGACGAGCUGUACCGCGCGGGCGAUGCGGCCACAGCGCAGCGGCAGUACGGGGAGGCGCUGGACGUGGUGGAGUACAUGGAGAAGGAGGGCCUCCGCUGCCCCAACUCCGUCAACGAGUGUCUGCACGUCAACCGCGCCGCCUGCCACCUGCGCCACAACGACUUCGGCAAGGCCCUGGAGGACUGUGCCCUGGCGCUGAAGCUGAACGAGAAGAACGCGCAUGCGUGCUACCACAGGGCGCGAGCGCUACGCGCUACGGGCAGUGUGCGCGAGGCCUACGACUCCGUGGUCAUCUGCUCUAAGCUCAUGCCGCAGAAUCAGCAGGUCAUCGCGCUGAUGCAGGAGCUGGCACAGGCGUUGGGGCUGCGUCUGCGCAAGGCCUACAUAAGCCAGGCUUCUGGGGAGAGGCAGGCGAUAAAGAACGACAUUGAUGACGUCAUCUCAGAAGAUGAAAAUGUGAAGCCCGCCCCGGAAACGCGAAACGAAACCCCGGUGAGCAAAGCCACCCUGCCGAGCCAGCAGUGCAAUGGAAAAACCAACGCCAAACCGAUCGGCGGCGGUGGUGGCAGCGGCGGUGGUGGCAGCGGCGGUGGUGGCAGCGGCGGUAGCGGAGUUACCGGCGGCAGCAGUGGUGGGGGGGGCAGCAAGGCAGCCACCGCCCCCGCCAAAACCAAGGGCCACAAGGGAGGCAGCGGAGGCAGGGGGUUGCCGGGCGGCUCGGUGCCGCCGCCGCCGCCGUCACCACUCCCGCCGCAGCAAGCCGGGCCGGGGCUCGCGGUCGUCACGCCUGCACAGACGCGGCUCGCCAGCAAGGUGGGCCCCACGCGCAAUUUCGCCACCGCAGCAGCCGCCGCCACCACCAGCGCCGCCGCCACUGCCAGCGCCACCGCCAGCGGCGUGCGCGUCAGGGAGGCUCCCAAGCCGGUAUCGGUGCUUCCCACUGCGGGGAAGAGCGGCGCUCCUGCCAAACUCGAACCCGUGCCGUUGAGGCCCGGCGAUGCCGUGGAGAAGCCACCCAAUGCGGCCGUGCCGGUCAAGGAGACCCCGCCGGGCCUGGUGAACGGCUAUGGGGGCGGGGGUGGUGUGGGGGUCGGGGUCGGGGCCAAUAAGCUGCUUCCUCUCCCUGUGGCUGAGAGCGCGACCUUCAACACCGCGGAGGAUGAGAUAAUCGGAGAAGACUUGGACGAGCUGCUGGACAUGGUUUCUGAGGAGUUCUCUAUGCAGGGCCUACAGUCGCAUUCCAUGCAGUUUCCUCCGGGACUUCAGAACUCCAUGCCCACGCCUCCUCAGGGUCUGUCGAUGCCUCAUGAAAUGCAGCUUCAUCAAGGCCUACAGAUUUCCCAGGAACUUCAACAAGGCCUGCACAUGGCCCACGGCAUGCACGUGCCCCUUCACACGGGACUGCAUUUUGCGCUCCAGCCGGGCCUGACUCUGCCCCACGGUCUUCAAAUGCCCCCGACCAUGUUCUCGCAUUCCGGAAUGGCACAUGGUGGCGGGCCCAUGCUGCACCAGCAUCACCAGCAGUUUCACCUUCAGCAGCAGCAGCAGCACUUGCAGCUUCACCAGCAGCUUCACCAGCAGCAGCACCAGCAGCAGCACCAGCAGAUGCCCCCCGGAUUCGCCGAGCGAGUGGCCACCUCCUCCUCCUGCAGGGGCCUCGACUCUUUGGACGACGUGUCCACCGCCCUGCCUGUGCUGAGGGCCACCGGGGCCUUCAGCAGCGGCCCCAUCGCCUACGAUGGAGGUGCUGGCCGGCUCUAUCCUGAAGGAUGGCCCGGUCACAUCCUGCAGGAAGAGUUGAUGAAUGUGGUGGCGAAAAUGAACUCUGCCGAUAUUGUGGCCGGUCUUGCGAGGCCCGGCUGGGCCGGCGUGGGCAUGGUCACCAACCCCCUGGCGGAGACGCACGACCUGAGGCAGGCGUGCGCUCAGUGCUUCCCCUUAGCUGCGGGUUCCGAAAUCCACGAUUACAAGUUUUUUCCGGACCUGGAACACAAGUGUAAAAAGGACUUGUUGAUAGGGCGGCUUCGGAACUCAGAAGAUCCCCGCUUCAAAAUAAUAAGGCCCCGACCGCAGAUGAUAAACUAUAUCGGCUCAUACUACAUAUGCAAAGACAUCACGGAGGGCAAGGCGUGCCGCUUCCCCGGCCACUGCCGGUUCGCGUACAGCCAGGAGGAGAUCGAUGUGUGGACGCAGGAGAGGACGGGGCUGAUGCAGCGCGCGCUGCUGUUCGCACCCGUGUGCGGUACCGGCGGCUGGAGGGUCCGGUUGACGCUACAGGAGCUGAUAGAGGAGCACCAUGGAAUAUUUCUCUUCCUAUGCGAGGAAUGUUUUGACAAUAAACCCCGGAUGUUGAGUAAACAAAAUAAAGAAAACCCCAAGUAUUGCACCAACCAGAGCGCCAAACACAUCUUCGAGGAAACCAAGUGCCUGGUGCACGUGUUGCGCGGCACCAGCGUCCACUACUCGAAGAUCCGCCCGCUCAACGAGCUGAGCCAGUUCGACAUUUGCCGGCACGAGAUCCGCUAUGGCUGCCUGCGCGAAGACAAGUGCAACUUCGCUCACAGCUUCGUGGAGCUCAAGGUCUGGGUGAUGCAGCAGCAGUCAGGAAUUACCCACGAGGAGAUUGAGAUGGACUCUGCCAAGAUCGUGGCUCAGAGCAGCGGGGCGCUCGCAGCUCCCACACACAAGAUAUCCAAGGUGGAGGCGAAGCGCUCUCAGAUGCGCUUCCGCAUGAAGUUUGUGUGCAGUCAGUGCUGGAGAAACGGGCAGGUGACCGAGCCUGAAGCUACGCUUAAGUACUGCAACUCCAAGGCUAGACACACCUGGUCCAAAGAGCGCCGGGUUCUUCUGGUCAUGUCACCGGAGCGCAAGAAAUGGACACAAAUCCGCCCCUUCCCAACUCCCAAAAAUGUGCCCCUGCAGUUUGAUUUGUGUGCUCAUGUGGCCAAGGGUAAAAAGUGCACGUUUUUGGGAAACUGCACCUUUGCUCACAGCCAAGAAGAAAAGGAAGUCUGGACCUACAUGAGAGAGAGUAAUAUUAAGGAAACGGAGAAGCUGUAUGAAAUUUGGAUGGAAACGCACGGGCCCAAGGCAGCGGCUAAAGACACCACGGGGGGGACUCUGUCGGGCAUCAGUGGACAGAGCUCGGAGCACAUCUCUCUGCCUACCGACUACGCAGACAUCACGACCGGCUUCCACUGCUGGCUGUGUGGCAAGAACUGUAACGGUGGGAAGCAGUGGCAGCAGCACAUCACGUCGGAGCGGCACCGCGACCGUGUCUUCCUGGACGAUGAUGAGCAGAACUGGCAGCAUCGCUUCCCUGCUGGGGAGUUCUCUCUGUGCCCGUUGAUUGAGCACGGGAACAUUUGUCCCGAAGAGAGUGAGUGCAAAUACGCGCACGGUGCCGCCGAGCUCCAGGAGUGGAUCGAGCGACGGGAUUACCUCAAGUCCAAACUCGCCAAGGCCAUCAACGACAAGCUCAUUGAUGAGCGGGGGGAUUUUGGAAAAUACAGUUUUUUAACAAAAUAGUAUUCGCUUGUAACCCCCCGUUAAAAUUGUUAAUGGAUAUCAUCUUAUUUUUACCAAUCAGUGAAAUGUUGACAAUAUUUACAGCUUAAUUUUAAUAUAAUACUUAAUCUUGCUUUGCAUAGAGAAUGUAUUCAAAUGCAAAAUUGAACCGAGUGGUUGGGCUAAGAAGUAAUGGGAACUUUAGUUGGUAAGAAAUUGUGUGGCAGAAUAACUUUGGCAGAAUACACAACGAUCCGUGUGGAUUUAUUUCCGUAUCAAGUCCGUUUGAAAUAUACAAUUAUAUAUAUUUUUUUGUUUAAUGUGAUUGCCACUUUGCAUUAUGGGCCUUUUUUGAGCAGCAUAACAGGACAAUCCCUGGACGGAGGAGUGAGAGCCGCCUGGGAGACUUGUCUCCACCACACUUCACUCACGCUCUGGCUCCCGUCAGCUCGUGCCGUGUGUGCGCUGCUUGCCUGCGUGCGUGCGCCUGUUUUGAGCAUGGUGCCAUGUCCCCACCGUAAUAGAAAUUAUUUUAUUUGUGGUUAGAUCACGUAAGUCUAAAUGUGUCGUUAAACUCGCCACCACCACCCGACAGCUAAUUGGUGAGGUUUGUCACUUACACGAUCUAUCCUUAAAACACCUUUAUUUUGGAUAAUAUUGGUCGCAAAAGCCUACGUGUUUAAGUGAAUAUUCAUUUGCUUUUGUGGCUUGUUAUGCAGGGCACCAAUUAUUUUUUUUAUUUACGUCUUUUCCCCUCUUACAGAAAAUAAAAGUUGAACUUGCUCACCAGC